CUUGCCAUCAAUGCAGAACAGAAGCUGGAGAUCGACAGGCUGAGGCGAGAGCUGGACUCCACACGAGCAGAACUGACCCGAGUGAACAACGCCCUGCAAAGCAAAGAGAUGAGCGGCACCCAGCUGAACAGCACGCUGGCAGGCCUGCAGGCGGAGAGGGAGGUGCUGCUGCGGUCAGCGAGAGAACAGGAGGCCGAGCUGAACUCCCUCAGACAACAAGCUCAGCUCCAGCAGAGCUCCCUGGAGCAGGAGAGGCAGCGGAGCAGCAUGGAGCUGGGCAGCCUGCACGCCCAGUUACAGCAGCAGGCCUGUCGGGAAGGGGAGCUGGCCCACAAGCUGCAGGAGGAGCAGUUCUGUCUGCUGCAGUGUGCAGUGGUGGAGGCCGAGGGCAUCAUACUGGACGCUGUGGCCAAAAUAGACGACCCCAUACAUGUCCGCUGCAUCAGCUCUCCUGAUUAUUUGGUGAACCGAGCUGAAACAACUCUGUGUUCUAUCGACAAAAUGCAGCAGAGCCACUUGGUCUACAUGGGAAACAGGAAUGAUGCCAGUGGUUUGUUGAGAGCGGUCACACAGUUUUCCCACCUUGCUGCUGACACCAUUGUGAACGGAGCAGCGACGUCGCACUCAGCUCCCACCGACCAGGCCGACCGUUUGACUGAUAGCUGUCGGGACUGUGCGAAUCACUGCCUUCAGUUCUUGAAGGACCUGAAGCUACAGGCCAGUUUGCCAAGAGCAGACCCAUCGGCGAUACGCUACACUGUUCAGCGGCUCCUCACGUUGGGACAGGAUUUGCGCCCAAAAGGACAAGAUGUGCUGAAAGAAGAGCUGGGGAGCAUGGUGGACAAGGAGAUGAUCGCUACAUCAACUGCCAUCGAAGAGGCUGUGCUGCGAAUGGAUGAGAUCCUGAAUCAGGCAAGGAGAGAAACUACUGGUGUUAAGCUGGAGGUCAACCAGAGUAUCCUGGGAUCCUGCUCAGACCUGAUGAAGGCUGUUCAUAUGCUUGUUACAGCUUCUACCGAUCUACAAAAAGACAUUGUGGAAGGAGGCAGGGGGGCAGCGUCUAUCACAGAAUUCUAUGCCAAAAACUCUCGCUGGACCGAAGGACUCAUCUCUGCCUCCAAAGCGGUGGGCUGGGGGGCCACACAACUGCUAGACUCCGCUGAUCGGGUUGUGGGUGAAAAUGGAAGAUACGAGGAGCUCAUCGCCUGCUCGCAUGAAAUCGCUGCCAGCACUGCCCAGCUAGUAGCUGCUUCUAAGGUGAAGGCUGACCGCAACAACAAGAAGCUGUACACGCUGCAGCAGGCCUCACGACACGUGAACGACAUGGCUGCUGUGGUUGUCACCUCCACUAAACACGGGCAGCAGCAGAUCUCUGACCACGGUGUAAUGGACUUCUCUGGCAUGUCUCUGAUCAAACUGAAGAAGGAGGAAAUGGAGGCUCAGGUGAAGGUGCUGCAGCUGGAGAGUCAGCUGGAGCAGGAGAGAGUCCGUCUGGGUGAGCUGAGGAAGAGACACUACGACCUCGGCUCCUCUGGGACCAGCGCUGACGGAGACGGCGGAGACGACAGCUUCCCUCCACCGCCACCACCGACUCUACUCGACUCCACCCCAGUACCUCAGUCCUUUUCCCAGACACAGCCUAACAUCAGCACUCAGAGCUUUGCACCAUCCAAUCCGUUUGCACCGACUCAGACACAGUCUUCGUCACUGCCCCAGCCGUACACAUCAACACACACCUACACACAGGCCUACACACCCUCUCAGACCUACACGCCUUCACAAACUUACACACCUUCACAAUCCUACACGCCUUCACAAUCCUACACACCUUCACAAUCCUACACGCCUUCACAAUCCUACACACCUUCACAAUCCUACACACCUUCACAAUCCUACACGCCUUCACAAUCCUACACACCUUCACAAUCCUACACGCCUUCACAAUCCUACACACCCUCCCAGCCCUACAUCCCGACUCAGCCUUUCACACCGUCUCAACCGUACACCCCAAACCCAACUCAGAGUUACUUGAAACCUCAGUCUUAUUCGCCAUCGCAGCCGUCAUCACUGACAUCCAACCUCACUCAGCCUAAACCAUUCCAGCACCAGGCAGCUCAACAGAACAACACUGAGUCCACGAAACCAACCUCAAAGAGACCAAAUAUUUUUACCAAAUCUGGAAACCUGCUGAAGAAUGCGUUCAAACGAGGUGAAACUGGAACAGGGGAGUCUUGA